AUGCAUAUAUUAAUAUCUAUCGCACUGUCGUUAGUACUAGCAUUACAUGGUUUACGUAAAAAAUCACUAACAAAAUCUGGCGCACUAUGUGCUUUAUUAGUAGGUAUUAUCACUUUGUCAAAUAAUUGCUAUACGUUUACAGUGGUAUUGUUUGUAUUUUAUUUUACUGGAUCUGGGUUAACUAAGUAUAAAGCGGAAAGAAAAAAACAACUUGAAGAAGAUUAUCAGGAUGGUGGUCAAAGGACUGCUAUGCAAGUUGUAUGUAACGCUUUUACGGGAACAAUUAUUUGCAUAAUUCAUCAACAUUACUAUGGCGGACAAUUAAAAUGUUUACUAGAUGAUCGUGGGUCAAGACUGCUAUUUUGGAUGUAUAUCGGACAUUAUUCGACAUGUAAUGGAGAUACGUGGGCCAGCGAACUUGGUAUUCUUAAUAAAGGCUGGCCAUUUUUAAUAACUACAUUUAAAAAGGUUCCUCCAGGAACAAAUGGUGGUGUAUCUCCGUUAGGUUUAUUCGCUUCUGUUUUGGGUGGUUUGAUUAUUGGUAUAUCUGCAAUGAUAUCCAUUUAUUUUGCGGAUGGAUGUAAUCGACUAUAUAUUCAAUUGAUUCCGGUGGCUUCAAUAGCAGGGUUAAUUGGAUCAAUUAUAGAUUCAAUAUUGGGUGCGACUGUUCAAGUUUCUAUGUAUUCUGAAAAAUACCGCAAGGUUACAUAUAGUAUGACUGAAGAAACCAAGUUAGUGAGUGGAUACGAUUUAUUGGAUAAUAAUCAG